AUGUUGUCUUUACGAGGCAAGCCUUUGGUUUACCUCGUCACGGUUGUUAGCUCAACGGGCUUUUGUCUCUUUGGUUAUGACAAUGGCCUGAUGGGACAAAUCAUCUCGGAGCCCAAUUUCCUCGAUUUGAUUGGCAACCCCAACUCCGCUGUUCAGGGAUUCGUGGUCUCCUCCUAUGAUAUCGGGUGUAUGCUCGGGGCUCUUUCAGCUGUCCUGAUCAGUGAGCAGAUUGGCCGUCGCCGCACCAUCCUCCUUGCCUGUAUAGUUCACCUUAUCGGCGAUGCGAUCAAUGCCUCGUCAUUUUCUCUCGCCCAGGUCCUUGUCUCGCGUAUCAUUCUCGGUGUUGGUCUUGGCCUAUUCACCAGCGCUUCACCCGUCUGGCUAGCUGAAACCACUACAGCCGAGAUGCGAGCUGUAAUGGUUGCAGUGCAGUUGACUUUUCUUAUAAUCGGCACGAAUAUCGCGUAUUGGGUUGAUUAUGGGCUUGGUUUUCUGGAUAAUGAAAUUAGCUGGCGGGUUCCCUUCGCGCUACAAGCAGUCUAUCCUCUCGUUGCCUUCGGGUUUACGCUCUUUCUUCCUGAGUCUCCCCGGUGGCUGGCUGCCCAUGGACGUACACAAGAAGCAGUAACCGCUCUUUCUGCAUUGCGUGAUCUACCCGAAGAUCACGAAUUGAUUCAAGCCGAGGUCAACGAUAUCUCAUCCGCUAUCGAACUUGAGGCUGGGGGUUCCUCCUGGGGUGCGCUAUUCCAGCAAGGCCCGGCCAAGGUCCGAACGCGAGUGAUCAUCGCAUGUGCGGCUCAGUCUAUGCAGUCAUACUGUGGAAUCAAUUUUGUCGAAUACUAUUUCCCUUUCAUUCUUCAAAACUCGGUCGGCCUGAGUCCUAACUUAGCGAAUCUGGUAUCGGGGUGUUCCCAAAUAUGGUUUCUUCUCACGUCACUCCUCACAUGGUUCCUCAUCAAUCGUUUAGGUCGCAGGCGGCUCUUUUAUCUCGGGAACGUGGGAAUGGGCAGUUGCAUGAUUGCCGUAUCUAUCACCUUGUGGUGGGACUCCCCAUCAUCAGAUAUUAUCACCAUUGUCUUCUUUUGGCUUUACUUACCUUUCUUCACUUGGGGGUGGAUGUCUAACAUGUGGACAUAUCCGGCAGAGAUUCUACCAUUGCAUGUACGAGGCAAAGCGCUUGCACUCUCUGUCUUCUUUCUCUGGGCAAAUCAGUUCUGGACAGUUGAAAUUGCCCCGGUCUCUAUCGAUAAUAUCGGGUGGCGCAGCUAUGUUAUCUGGGCUGUUCUGAAUUUUGCCUGCUGCGCCGUGGUUUAUUUCUUCUUUCCGGAAACUUCAUCUAUGACUCUUGAGUCUGUUGAUUUUCUCUUCUCCUCCUCUAAUGGCAUCCGAGAUGUUGUUUCCAAGAGCGAGAACCUUUGGAAGAACAAAAUACACUUGGAAGUGGGAGCUGCAGCGGCAGCAGCGAUUGACGAGGAAGAUAUUGGAGAGAAAGCAAAUACCCAGCAAUUGGAGAGAGUUUAG